AAAUUUAAUCCAUUCAUUCAGAGCGUUUAGUUACAAUACGAUAAAAAAAUCCAGAUGGAAUAUAUCAAGACAAUUUAUUGAUUGUUAUUACUCUUUAUUAAACAAUCGUGAAAAAUUUAUCUUUUAGUUGUUUAUGUGUCAAAAUUACUACAAUGAGGCUUACUCGUCGCUGUUUAGGAAACAUCACCAAAAUGUUGGACUUUUAUUCUCAGUUCAACCCAUCACCUCUUUCAAUAAAACAGUUUAUUGAUUUUGGUCUGAGCGCUUGUGAGAGAAAAUCUUUCAUAUUCUUAAGGAAAGAACUUCCAGUAAGACUUGCUAAUAUAAUGAAAGAAAUUCAUCUAUUACCUGAACAUUUACUAAGGAUGCCAAGUCUUGGGAUAGUUAAUAAUUUAUAUGUUACAUCGUUUGAAGAAAUAAUUCAUUUUGAAAAAGCUGAAGUCAAUGAAACAACAUUAGAUAAAUUUUGUCAAGCACUCAUAAAAAUACGAAAUCGUCAUUCAGAUACGGUGGAAGUAAUGGCAAAAGGUAUUCUCGAGUUGAAAGAAUCUCAUGAUGUAGAUGCACAAAUGGAAAAUAACAUUCAGUACUUUUUGGACAGAUUUUUUAUGUCAAGAGUUUCAAUAAGAAUGCUAAUUAAUCAACAUACAUUACUUUUUGGAGGAGUGUUAAAUGGUGAUAAUAGACACGUCGGUUGCAUUGAUCCAUCUUGUGACGUAGUAAGUGUUAUUAGAGACUCGUACGAAAAUGCGCGAUUUCUUUGUGAUCAAUAUUAUUUGGCAAGUCCAGAACUAAUUAUUAAGCAACAUAAUGAUUUCGAAAAUGGCAAUCAAAUUAGAAUAGUUUAUGUUCCAAGUCAUUUGUAUCAUAUGCUGUUUGAACUUUUCAAAAACAGUAUGAGAGCAAUAAUGGAGUAUUAUGAUGGUCGUUCAGAUAGCUAUCCAUCAAUAGAAGUGAAUAUUGUGCGUGGAAAAGAGGACAUUUGUGUGAAGAUGUCAGAUCGUGGUGGUGGAAUACCACGUUCGCAGAUGGAUCAGCUCUUUAAAUACAUGUACAGUACAGCACCACAACCCAGCAAAUCUGAUGCCCAUACAGUUCCAUUGGCUGGAUAUGGUUAUGGUCUUCCAUUAUCACGAUUAUAUGCCAGAUAUUUUCAUGGUGAUCUUAUAGUACUCAGUUGUGAAGGAUAUGGAACUGAUGCUGUUAUUUAUCUAAAGGCAUUAUCCAAUGAAGCAAAUGAGUUAUUACCUGUAUUUAACAAGACUUCAUCGAAAUUUUAUCGAACCCCAGUGCCCACUGCUGAUUGGAGUAGCUCAUGUGGAGGUGGGAUGGCAGGUAGACAAUUAAAUGUCAGUCAUAAUAAUGGACACCGGUUACCUAAUGGAUUAAGCAUUACUACAUAUUGAAAAAAAUUGACAGUAUAUAAUUUAGAAAAAAAUUAAUUCAAGGCGCAAAUUUUAAAUGAAUGGAACUUGAUAUAUUAUAAUAAGUAUAACUUUAUAUCUUUAUACAUGUUAUAAUAUGUUUAAAUCUAUCUUUAUACACUACAUAAAAUAGUAUAAAAUAUGUUUGUUCCGUUUCAUUUCUUUUUUUGUAACUUUUUAUAAUAUUAAUGUGGAUCAAAUGAAUUCAUUUUAUUUUAUACCUUCUUUAAGUUGAUGUUCAUAAAAAAAUAAUUUUAUCUAUAAUUUAAAAUUCUCUUUCAUCCCUCGCGGAAAUAUUUCAUAAUUCGUUGAAUACAAUUUGAUUCUUGAUGUCAAAAAGCUUAUUGUUUUUGUAAUUGUUGUGACAGCUAUUAUAAUUUGUAUUGUACAGUGUAAGCGAUAUAAUAAACGUAAAAUAAACUAA